AUGAAAUUUUCAUUUACUUCUGCUAUAAGGAUGUCAUCAGAUAUCAUAGCAUUGCUUCAAUUGGAUAGAACUUUAUCAAGUAGAGUAGUUGUUGUAAAAGAAAUAAACAGAUGUGACAGCUCCUUUGUUACUAGUUGUGUUCUUAAUCAUUGUAUCAAGAAAAAAGCUGCUUUAUGUGUGCUUUCAACUCAUAAUUCUUUUCAACAUUACCAAAAUGUAGGCCUUCGAAUGAAUUACAAUUUACAAAAGCAUGUGGACUCUGGACUUGUUGAUUUCCACAGUUUAGGAGAUCAUUGUGUACACAAUUUGCUGUCCGAAAACUCUUUGCCAGAAUUAUUUCAUAAAGUGAGAGAAAGGAUAACCUCCAUGCAGCAGAAGAAUGAUGAAGUCAAUGUUAUCAUGGAUGGUGUUACACAUUUAUUUGACUUGAAUUAUUCAGUGCAACAAAUAAAUAGAUUUUGUAAAGAGUUGAUUGAGUUAGUUACUGGUGGCAACAACUCAUUCAUAGUUCUCCACUGUCACAAGGCUAAUGAAGAUGAUGUCACAAGUGUUAUGUCAAAUCUUCUGUGCCACAAAGCACACACUGUUUUAGAGGUUGAAAACUUGCCAUCUGGCUUGAGCGCAGAUGUUUCAGGGCACCUAACAAUUAAAUAUCCAAGUUUGAAGUUUGAUACAGAUCAUUUGUAUACAAUGGACAUGAAGAUGUCUCGAUACCUAUUCAAAUUGUUUGAUAGAGGAGUUAAAUUAUUUGCACCUGGUACUGUGUAA